AUGGCCGCACCGCGUCCGGGCGCGGUGGCGCGCCGCGCCACGAGCCUCUCGUCGGCGGAGAAGGAUUUGGCAGCCUGGAGAGGAGAACAUCAAGUGGGAGGACACAGGCGAGCGAGAGAGGCGCGUACACAAGAGAGUGGAGAGCUCCGAGAGGAGGGAGCACGGCGAGAGGGCGAGCGCAGAAAACAAGGAGGCGAGAGAGAGAGUUUGAUUCUUGUCGCAUACGACACCUUCCCCGAGCUUCAGGAGCUGCGGCUGCAAGAAAGGGUGAUUGCGGUCCAGCCUUUCCGCCGGCGCCCGUUUCGCAUCUUUCUCCUCUGGAUUCUGGGCUUCCUUUCGGGCGGCGUGGCUCUUCUUCUUGCUCACUGGUUCCGCCGCUGGGCUUUCCGCUGGACGCACGCCAAGUGCUUCCUCCCCGAGGCGACGCGCCUCCGACUCGCCACUGCAGACGGAGGGCACGUCGAAGUGAAGGUCUCUCGCAUCCCUUAUUCGCGGGCUGCCGUCGACGCGUUGCCUUUGCGCGCGGCGCCUCCCGCAGAGCAAAGGAGAAGGCGUUUUGAGCACUCAGGUCUCCUGUCGCUCUCGGACGCCUCGGCGGAAGUCACCCCCGGUUUGGAGUCGGGAGGCACGAGAGGAGCGAGUCAAGACCCAGAUGAAAAAUUUCGAAAACGUACCGCGGCCCUGGCAGGGGGCGAGCAAGCGCACGACUGUGCAGAAACGGAGGGGAGAGCGAGCAGCGAGCUUGAGAUCUCAAACGCCGAGAAUUGCGACGAUUCAGGGUUUGACACGCGGCUGUCUUGGGCCUGGAUGUUCGAGUAUCGGUACAUUCGGUACAUCCUCGAGGCGCCGGAGGGAGAUGCAGCUGCUGCUUCAGGCGCGGCUCUCCCGCCGUCGUCGACGUUCAAGCCGCUGGUGUACGACGUCUGCUUCCCGCCUGAGGAGCUGCGGCGGAGGCUUCUCGCGGCGCCGCCGAGCGCCGAUCUCGUGAGGCUCCGCCGGGGACUGUUUGGCAGCAGCCUCAUUCGCGUGCAAGUCCCUUCGCUGCUGGCGUUCAUUCUGAACGACGUGAUGCAUCCGUUCUACGUGUUUCAGAUCCUCGCGAUUGCGCUGUGGAUCUGGGAUGACUACGUCCAGUACGCCGUUGCAAUUCUCCUCAUCACCGCCGUUUCAACCGUCGCCGAAUGCGUUCAAACCAGGCACAACUUGCUUCGCCUCAGGGAUAUGUCGGCGCAGCGCUGCUCGGUCGCCGUUCACCGGACUGUUUGGGAAGACACCUGCGCCGCUUCGUCUUCUCCUUUGCCUCGCCUUCCUUCUUCUCCUUCUUCUGGCGGCGAGGGAGGGAGCGGGGCCCAUGAGGGCGCGAGCGCGCGGCGCAGAAAGCGGAAAAUCGUCGUCGAGGAGAUCGACUCCGAGGAUCUUGUCGUGGGCGACGUGUUUGAGAUAACGACCGGCAUGGUGCUGCCUUGCGACGCGAUCAUUCUGCGCGGGACGGUUGUGGUCACGGAGAGCUGCUUGACUGGCGAGAGCUUCCCCAUCGUGAAGACGCCGCUGCCAGAGGGGCGCGGCUCCGGCGACGAGGAGCGAGGCUUGAACCUGGAGCAGGCCGCCCGCCACCAGCUGUUCGCGGGCACGAAAGUCCUCUCCGUCAGAGUCCCGCCGUCGUCCGCGCAGGGGCCUUCCUCUCCCGAGCAGGAGCCGCUUGCCUUUGCUGCAGUGUGCCGCGUGGGAUACGCGACAGCCCAGGGCCGCACAUUCCGCACUCUCUUGUUUCCCUCCGCUAUGCGAAUCGACUUCGAAACGGACGCGCUCAAGUUUGUCGCGAUUCUGUCCGUCCUUGCGGGCAUCGGCGCCGUCUUCACUCUGGUGAUCUCACUCCUGCAGGGCCUGCCGCCGAAGGAAAUUUUCUUCCGUGUGUUUGACCUCUUCACCGCGGCAGUGCCUCCCGCCCUGCCCGCCUCGAUGAGCGUAGGACUCUCCGUCGCCGUCAGCAGACUCUACGCGCUGUAUAGCGUUUACUGCACCGCGCCUUCGCGCCUCGGCAUGGGGGGCUACGUGCGCUGCCUCUGCUUCGACAAGACCGGCACGCUGACGGAGGAAGGCGUGAGAAUGGAGGCGUGUCUGCCGUCUUGCCAGGGCUGUCCCUCGACCGCGGCGCCGUCUCUGACAGCAGAGCCAGCCCCUCUCGGCGCGAGGGACUCGCAGACGCCUCCCGUUGCACUUCUCGAGGUCGCUGCCUACGGCGAAGGCCGCGAGGCUGGCGGUGACCGGGGAGACGCUGGCGCGCGACGCGGAGCCGGCGAAGGGGGGAGCUGUCGCGCGGCCGCGGAGGAAGGCAGGGCGUUUUUCCUGCCGCUGAUGAAGCCUGAGGCGCUGCGGUCAGCUGCGGGCGCGCGAGCGCGAGGCGACGCUGGAGAGGCGAGGCCUCGCUCGAAGGUGACGCUCGCGGCGCCUGAGUGCGUCUCUCCGUGCCGCCCGAGCCCCUGGUCUCCAGCGACCCUCUCCGCGCCCGCGCGGCAGCAGCGCUCCUCUCCGCCGCGCGCGUCUCUGCAGCCCUGCGAGGGAGAGGGCGGAGCGACAGCCAACGCGAAGGCAGGCGCCUCGGCGGACUUCUGCGCGGCGGCUAUCGCUCCGCCCCCACGCGGGGAUUCCCCCGCCUUAGAAGCGCACGACGCGGACGCGGACUUUGCGUCGCCUCGCGCCUGCUUCUCGCCGACGCCUUCCACCACCUCUGUCUCACCCGCCGUGAGCGCCGAGCGCCACUGGCGCGUUCUCUGCGCCUCUUCUGCGUCCGCCCUGCCUUCGGCUGGCGCGUCGCCCGCGUCCGCACUGUCGCCCGCGUCGUCGCCGUCUGCAGGUUCGCCUCUGGGGGGCACCACGGCCUGCGCAGCGGCGUGCGACUGCGUGAAGCACCUGACGCGCUGCAUGAGCGUCUGUCACUCGCUGCUGCGGAUCGGCGGCGAGAUCGCGGGCGACCCCCUGGAGCUGCAGAUGCUCACGCACACCAACUGGCUGCUCCUCGACGGCGCGGGCGGCGCCGAGAGCCACACAGCCGACAGCGAGAGCCGCGGAGAGACAGGAGAGGCCUCCACGGGAGGGGACGAGGCAAUGGGUCGGGGGACUGACUCAGAACGACCUGCAGAGGCCGCGACGCGGGAUGCGGCGGCGCUGACGGCGCCCUUGCGGCCGCUGCUCGCUCCCCGCGCGGCGGACGCUGCGGAGUCUCCUUUGACGACUAGAAAAGGUGAUGCGGUGCCGCCACCGAGGCGGCGAGAGACAGUCGUCGUCGGCGACGUCGAAGACGAACACGCGGCCUUUCGCCAGCUGCAAAGCGAAACCGAGACCGGCGGCGAGAUCGCCGGCCUGACCUUCAUGCUGCCCCCAGAUCCUCUAGACGCAAAUCGGCGCACUCUGCGAGGGGCGCAGGCGAUUGUGCGGCGCUUCGAUUUCGAUUCGUCUCUUCAACGCAUGAGCGUCAUCGCGCGCGACCACGACACGGGCGAAUACUUUGUCUAUUGUAAGGGCAGCACGGAGAUGCUGCGCACGCUCUGCGACCGCCACACGCUCCCUGAGGACUUGGACGACAAGCUGCAUCACUUCUCCGCCUCAGGCUAUCGCGUUAUCGCGCUGGCGGGGCGGGCACUGCAGCCCGCGGGCGCGCAGGCGCGGGCGCGGACUGCGCGGUGCAUCUCGCGGGAGGCCGCGGAGCUGGGCUUGACGUUUCUGGGGUUGGCGCUCUUCACGAACCAGCUGAAGCCGGAGACGCAGGCGGUGAUUGCGACUCUGCUGCAGGCGCAGUGCGCCGUGCGCAUCGCGACUGGCGACCAUCCGCUGACCUCGAUUGCCGUCGCCCGUCAGUGCGGUUUGUUCGGCUUCGCGCCCAACUCGUCGAGCCGCAAAGAGCCGCUGCAGGCCGCACCCACGCGCCAGCGUGAAGCCGCAACCGACACGGGCGAGGCGGAUGCCGAGGGGCAGAGGAGAGGCGCGGAGAGGCGCUCGGGGCGGAGAGGCCUCUUCGCGGCGCGUGUGCCUGGGGGACGGGGAGAGGCGCAGUCGACUUUGAGGCGGGCGCUGGCCGUGGAACCGGCGCGCGCCCUGUCGACUGCCUUCGCGUCCUGCUCUCCGCAGGCGCUGUGGCGGGCGCUGGCAGGCCGCGCGACGCGGCGGGUGCGGGCGCGAGCGAUUUUCGGCGAAGAGUUCUGCGCGCGACUGCUGCAUUCCACUGAGGAGGAGGGCGAGAGACUCGCGGCGGGGUGUUUGGGCGCCGAGGGGGCUGCGGAGGACGCCGCGGAACCGCGCGGAGACAGGGCUCAGUCUGGCGCGGCUCUCUCUGCUUUGUCGUUCGAGGGCGGGGGCGAGUGGGCGAUGGGCGCGGGCGGCAGAGGCGCGGACGACGAAACGGCCCUCCCCUUCCGCGUCGUGGUGUCGGCGCCCCUGUCAGACACGGCGGAGGACGCAAGCGGAAGAAGAAAAUGCAGUCGCGACCCGCGCCAACGCGCUGACAGCGCACCGGACAGACGGGCGCCCGCGAGAGAGGCUGCGGCGCAGAGAGCGCGCGCAGAGAGAGAAGGAACCGCAGAAGGCACAGAGGAAGAAAACGCAAAAAUGACACGCGCCGCGCCGCGACAGAGGCCGCCAGGCGCGGAGUGCGAGACCGAGCAAGGGCCCCCGGAAGACGAACUCGACGACUCCCCUGUCAUCAUCCUCGGCGACGUCUACCAGACUGAGCAAGGCGAAGGCCACGUGGGCGGUCCCGAGUACCUGCUGUGGACUCUCCUUCCGCAGACGCAUGCGGCGCGCGAGAGCUUCGAGCGCGAGGCGCCGCUCAGCCACGCAGGCGACGCAGACAACGCGCUCGGCGACGCCGCGGGGCACGCGCUACAGCCGGCAGCGUCGCCUGGCGCUGCUGCCUCGUGUGCGUCUCAGUCCUCGUUCGACUUGCGCGUGCUGCUGGCGAAGCUGCCAGACAUCCGCUCGGCGUCGCUGGUCUUAACCGGCCGGGCGUUUCGCCAUUUGAAGCGCCUGCAGGCGCUGACGCACUUCCCGUACGUCGAGGAGUGCGACCAGGUCGUCGCGCGCGUGCGGAAGCACCAGCAGGAGAUCCUCGAGGCGCAGAAGUGCCUCGGCGAAGACGGCGACAGCGACGACGUGGAGGCAGCCGCGAGCGCCAGCGACGGCGAAGGAGACUCGCCGUGCGCGAAAGCGGCGCGUGAGAGGGGGAGAGGAGGCGCGGACCCGCCCUCGGGCCUCGGCAGCUUCUCGCCGCGCAACUCGGAAGACGCUGAAGAGGCCAGAUGCGAAUCCGCGAGGCAGGACGUAGUCGUGGUCAUCCACCCGCGGGAAGGACGUGAAGAAGGGGUGGGGGUGAGCGACGCUUCUGCUCUGUCCUCGUCGACCUCGCCCGCGCGCCCUGAGCCUCGCGCCGGCUGCCAUCCGCCAGGCUCGACUGGCGGGGGGGUCUCGAGAGCGCUCGGCGACCGCCCCAAUGCGUGCGGGCGCUUGCCGUUCUUCUCAGUCGCCUCUGAGGCGCGCGUGCCUCCUCCGUAUGCCGGCGCCAGGCCCUGGCGGCCUUCGGCGACGCCGCAGAGAAGCAGAAGAGGGAAGGGCCGCAGGCGGAGAGGCGACGAAGAAGAAGAGGGAGAGCAUGCAGACGUGGAGAUUGGGGACGGCGAGAUGCUGUGGGAUGACGAAGAAGAUGAUCACGUCUCCUCCUGGCGCGUUCCCGACGAAUCCGGAAGCUGCGCCUCGCCCCCUCGGGGCGACGACUCGGCGCCGCUCGCUUCUCUAGCGACGCCUCUCGCGCCGCGGACGCUGCGAGACGCGCAGGCAGUCCGUACGCGGCCUUCCGGGGCCGAGGAGACCCUCGAGACCCGCCAGCUGUCCGUCGCGCCGCCGCGAGGAAUGGAGAGGCGAGGCGCGUCCGCGGGCGAGGGCGGUCUGAGGGGCUCGGCAGGGGGGUCGCUUCUGCUGCCUCCGCCGACGCUGGAGCGCGAGACGAGUCGCGCGUCGAGUCGCCGCACGAGGGGCGAGCGGCGCCGGCGAGAGACAGUCUUUUCGGGCAUCGAUUUUUUUCUGGAGACGAGCGAAGGGUUCCCCACUUCGUGCGCAGCGGACGCAGAGAGCUUGCGGCGGCCUGGCGGAGGCUUGCGGAGCCCAGGGGCGAGAGAGAAGCGCGACCGCGGGAUUUACGUGUCUUCGAGCGAGAGCGAGGAGGGCGGGGGCGACAGCGCGCCGGCGCACACCGCACUCGCACACAGGCGCGACGCGCCGGCGGAGACCGAGCGGCACUCCAAGUUCUUCUCCUUCCUCAUGUGGCCGUUCUUCCGCAGAAGGGACGAGGCGCGGCGGCUCCUGCCACACGAAGGCGACGCCGGCCUGGAGGCGCCGCGGGGCUCGCGCUCAGAAGCCGGCGAAGAGCGCGUGCGCCGCCGAAGGAAACGUGCGGGAAGGCGCAGCAGAGGGGAGCGCGACGACGCUCGCGAGCCUGCGAGGCCGCGCGAAGGCCGCGCUCGGCGGCAUGAAACCGACCAGGAGGUAGACCGCGGAGGCGCGGCAGCGAGUCGGGCGUGCGACGCCGCCGCCCGCAGUCGAGGUGCACUCGAGAGAGAGGAGCGGGAUGAGGAAGAAAGGCGCCGCGAAGAAGAGCAGCAGCUGCGCACCGUCGUGGAGGCGCUCAUGUUCCCUGGCGUGGCUGUGUCGCUCCUGCGGCAGCACCAGCGCGACGGCGAGACGCGCGCCCCGGGUUCCUUGUCCGCCUCGCAGCCGGGGAGUGUCUUCUCGCACACCGAAGAGGCGAUUUCGCAUCCCCGCGCAGGCGCAGCCGACGCGGCGGGGGAGGAGUCACAGACGCGCAGAAGAGACGGAGACGCCGGCGGCGCGUCGGAUGAAGACGAGCGCGAGCCGGAGAUCGGUGCGGAGAGGCGGCAGGCGCGCAGGCGUCGCAGAGCGGCGUGCGAGAAGGCGAGAGCCGGCGAGGCAGGCGGCGCGGAAAACGUGGAGCCGCAGCAGCAGGCGGCGAAGGGUGGCGGGGGCGGGCACGAAGAGACACAGGGCGCCGCCCAAACCGCCCAGGGCCCGUCUGCGGUGGGCGAAGCGAAGCGGAGGCGAGGGGGGAGUUCGCGUCGCUCGCUCCACCGCCCGCCGCCCCCACGGCAUGCAUUUCGCUUUCGGAGCCCGGGAGAGGAAGAGCCGCUCGCGCUGUCGUCUCUGUUUCCACUCUCGUCUGCGCUGCUCCGGUCGACCGCGCGCCUGCGGUCGCCAGUUCUUGCCGAGUCGCUUUACGCCUCGAAGCUCCUGCUCCCACCGCCGCAGCUACACGCGCUGUCGAGCGAGGAGGCAGCCGGAAGCGACGAGGGCAGCCACGAGCGAGGAGACCGCCGAACUGGGCUCCUCCAAGCCGCGGCAGCGCCGGGGGCCGCGCUCGGCUGCUGCGCCGCGGCGGCGGGCGCAGACCGGGACGGCGCGCCGGCGAGCGAGCGGGAAGAGGCGCUCCAAGCAGAGGCGAGAUCGCUGGCUUCUCCGCUGCUGACGUCGUCGCUGGCGUCGCCUGAGGCGCUCGAGUCGAGCGACCUGCCGCCGCUGUCGCGCGUGGACUGCUUCCCGUCUUUCUUCCAGCGCGCCGAGCAGGAGCGCGGCGCGCAGGCCUCCAGCCUCGCGCCGCUCUUGCCUCCAGAGGAGAAGGAGAACGUGUUUGGCGACGCCUUCUUCGAGUGCCUCGGCCGCCCGCAGGCCCCCACGGCGGAGGAGAAGGACGAGGCCGCAAUCGUCGCGACCGCCUCUGCGCUGCUGCAUCUCCCGAGCUCCGCGGCGGCCUUUGGCGACCCGCCGCACGCCGCGACCUGCCUCGCCUUCUCGGCUCCAACGCUCGUGAGCCGCGGCGGCGUGGAGAGCGGAAGCGAGGGGAGACGCGGAGACGCGGCGUCGGUGGACGAAUCCGACGGCGGUGGCGCAUCGCCCGGCGGGCAAAACGAAAGGAGAGGAGAACGCGCGCGAGAGCGCACCGGAAGCCGGCGGGCCGAAGACGACGGAACGCGAGGGAAAGUGGCGGAGGAGCGCGGAGAGGCGCAGCGCACAACGAGAGCGUCGCCCGGGGGGUCGCUCGAAGAGGUCGAAGAGGCAGAAACAGGCAGCCACGGCGAGCGCCGACGGCGGCGGAUGAAGAGACAACGCGUAGAGGACUUGCACGCGGCGCACUCUCGGCGUGGCGACGAAGAGGACAUCGAGGGGGCUGGGGGACCUGAACAGACAGAAGGCGGAAAAGACGACUACCAUGACUUGGAGCAGAAAGGGUCAGAAGGCGAAGGAACGAAGGCGAAGAAGCCCGACCGGAAACGACGCGAGGAGAUGCACGCAGCCGGACAAGAAAUGAGACAAAGCGAAGCGACUGAGGCCUCGCGACGGGUGCGGACGGGCGCGAAGAACGAGCCGCAGACUGAAGCCCCGCACGUGUUGGGGGGAGAGGAGGCAACUGAGAAGCGCAAAGAACUUCAAGCAGAAGGCGGCGAAGGAAGGCCAACUGGAGAAGAAGACACCGGCGAUCUCGCGGACGGCGUCGCCGUCGCUGUCGCGCGAGAGGCUUGCAAAGGAACCACGGCGACGCCCGCGUUGUCUCAGGACUCGCCUGCGCGUUUGCACUCGCCGCACGCCCCCCCAGUCAACGUAUGGGAGGGUUUGACGCUUCAACUCCGCGUGCUGCAGCGCCACCAACAGCCGGCGGCCUUCUACACGCGCUGGUCGCUCAAGCGCUCGGCUGCAGAGGCCACGCCUCCGCCGUCUUCUGACCACGCGGCUGCGGCAGGGUGCAGCGACGCGUUGCUGGCGUGCGAGGCGGCGCGCAAGGAGACGAAGAAGGACGCGGGUCACGCCUUCGUCUUCCACAUGUCGCUCUACGAGUACGUGGUGCGGCAGACCGUCGUCCUCUGCAGGGCGAGUCCGCAGGACAAAGGCGAGUUCAUCUCCGCGCUCCAAGAUCUCCCAGCCGAGCCCUUCGUGGCCAUGUGCGGCGACGGGACGAACGACGCCGUCGCGAUCAAGCAAGCGGAUGUCGGGGUUUCGAUUUUGCCGCCAUCGGUCAUGGGUGAGCGCUUGCGCGCGUCGUCUGCGGCGCGCGAGGAGCCCGCGUUGCCCAGCGGCGCCUCGCUGGCGUCCUCCUUUUCCGCGGUCUCGCUGUGGGCGACGGUACAGCUGCUGCUCGAGGGGCGCUGCAUGGUGAUGAACAGCUUCAGCACCUUCAAGUUCAUUGCCUGCUACUCGGUGAUUCAGUUCACCUCCGUGCUGCUUCUCUACGCGCAGGCUGGCAACCUGACCGACGCGCAAUACAUGUGGAUCGACUUGUUCACCAUUCUCCCUCUCUCUGUGACACUCGCGCGGACAAAUGCGGCAGACUCGCUGUCGCCGCUCACGCCGCCGCGGAGUCUCGUCUCGGCGCCGAUCCUCGUCUCGCUCCUUGGGCAGCUGGUCAUUCAAGUGUUUUUUCAAAUUCUCGCGCUCGUGCUGCUUUGCCGGCAGCCUUUCUACGUACCCUUCAUCCCGGAUACCUCGCACGACUUGUUGCGCGCGUCGUCCGUGGCUGCAGUGGAUGGAGGCGACAGCCUGGCGGGCUUCGAGAAUACCGUCGUCUUUCUCGUUUCGUCCAUGCAAUACAUCUUCUGUUGCGCCGCCUUCACCUCUUCGAGCUUUCCGUGGAGAAAAGCGAUAUGGACGAAUCACCAGUGCUUCGCGGGUAUGGCGCUUUUACUCCUCGCGUCGGUCGCGUUUCUGCUUUUUGCGCCGAGCGACUUGCCAGCCGUGAUCGCGCCGAGUUUUGCGUUUCUGGCGUCGUGGCUGCGCCUGCGCGUCUCGGCGAUUCCGCGCGACUUCCGUCUCAAGUUGCUGCAGCUCGUCGCCUGCAACGGCCUCUUGUCCCUCCUCUUCGAGGUCGGCGUCGUCAGGCGCCUCCUCGAGCGCCACGUCGAGGAGUCGACUUCGAAGAGCUCCCGCAUCAACAGCGCCCACAUCCCCGCGGACAGACGAAAGUUCACCGUCACCGUCGUCUACCCCUGA